AUGAAACUAAAAGAAAUUUCACGCACAGCAACAUUUGCCUGGAGUCCAGGACAGCAAAUACCAAUUAUUGCUGCUGGCACUGUUGCUGGUGCUUUUGACGCGAGUUUUUCAGUUACGUCAGAACUGGAACUAUUCCGGCUCGACGACAAUAAAUCAGCUGGCAUUGAAUUGCAACCUGCUGGCGUAGUCACUAGCAAAGCAAGAUUUGACCGACUAGCAUGGGGUGGUUUAUCGGAUAAACAAUAUGGACUCAUCGCUGGUGGCAUGGAAACUGGUGAACUUGACUUGUGGGAUCCGGCAGUUAUUUUGGAAGGUGGCGACACAACGGAGGCACUGGUUUUACGCAAUACAACUCAUUCGGGUAAUGUUCGUGGUCUGCAGUUUAACCCGUUCCAACCCAACUUGUUGGCAUCGGGUGCGACUAAUGGGGAGGUCUUUAUUUGGGAUGUCACUGCUCCCGCGUCACCACUUACGCCAGGCGCUCGCUCAACAAAACUCGAAGAUAUUACGCAUCUUGCAUGGAACAAUAAAGUUCAGCAUAUCUUGGCUACCUCUUCGACCACUGGAUAUACGGUUGUAUGGGAUUUGAAGAAUAAACGAGAAGCCAUGCACCUGUCACAUGUUGGACUAUCAAACCAAAUGGGAGGAACCUACGGCAUGGGUGGAAUGAAUACCGGAGGUACGAUGGGAGCUGGUGGAAGGAGAGGUAUUACUGCUAUUGCAUGGAAUCCUGAUGCGGCUACACAAAUCAUUGCCGCUUCAGAAGAUGAUGGGAAUCCGGUGAUUGUAAUGUGGGAUCUUCGAAACGCGCGUGCUCCUGAAAAGGCAAGCAUACUGUCGCUUUCGUGGUGUCUGAAAGAUGCAGAUUUACUACUGUCAUGUGGUAAAGAUAAUCGUACGCUUUGUUGGAAUCCAAAGAAUGCAGAGGUCAUUGGAGAGCUUCCUCCGUGCUCUAAUUGGGUUUUCGACGUUCAAUGGUGUCCAGGAAACCCUGAUUUAUUGGCGACAGCUUCGUUCGAUGGCAAGAUAAACAUCCACUCGUUACGAUCAUCUCAGGAGCCAAAGGAAGCUCCAACAAAUUCACAAAGUGAUCCGUUCGCAUCUAUCACUGCACAAUACACACCUUCACUCACCCUCAAGCAGCCGCCGAAAUGGUUGCGAUGCCCUGUUGGUGCCAAGUUUGGGUUUGGUGGCAAAUUAGUACGUUUCAAUAACAAAAACACUGAUAGCUAUAAAGUUAUCGUUUCAGCAGUAGUCACAGAACCAGAACUAUUCCAGCGCUCCGAUGAGUUGGAAGGUUCAGUCGACAGCCAAGCACUUAAUUCCCUGUGUGAGAAGCGAGAAAAGAGCGCUUCAAAUGAGCUUGUAUCUGAUAAUUGGAAAAUUCUUCGCACAUUAUUCAAUGAAAAGCCUAGAGCGGAAUUGGUGAGACAUCUUGGAUUUACAAAAGAAGAUGUCAUUACACAAAUCUCUGCUGCUAUACAGUCUAUGAACCUUGAAUCUACCACAUCAAACCUUGAAUCAACCGCAUCGAACCCUGAGUCAACUACAUCGAAUCUUGAAUCUACUAUAUCAGAUCUUCAAUCAACUGCAGCAGAGCGUCCAGCUACUACAUCUGACCUGUUUAGCGGUUCGGAAAACAUUUCAGAUGCAUUUGCAGUCGAUUCAACGUCCGAAGAUAUAUUUUCGGUUGUUUCGACAACGACCGAAACUACAAUUCCGGCGACUAACUUGGGACCGUUUAAGAUCUACCCGUCAGAUGAAUCAGAUAUAGACAAGUUAAUCACUCGAUCAAUCGUACUUGGUGACUUUGAGUCUGCCGUGAACCUAUGUUUACAAGCUGAUAGACUAUCAGAUGCUCUUUUAUUGGCUGUCUGUGGUGGAUCUGAAUUAGUACAACGAACGCAAAAAGCUUAUUUUGAACGGCAGAUUAGGAACGUGCCAUAUGUGCGUUUGCUUCAGAGUAUCGUGGCUGGAGACUUGUCGGAUGUAGUAUAUAAUGCAGACUUGAAUGAAUGGCAAGAGGUCGUUGUAGUGCUUUGCACGUUUGCUCGCGGAGAAGAAUUUGGUACUUUGUGUAAUGCUUUAGGCACAAGGCUUGAGCAAGAAUAUCAUAAAUCAAUUAUCUCUGCGUCUAGUGAUAAUGCACGAAAAACAGCGUUGCAGUAUAGAAGGAAUGCACUAUUGUGUUACCUGGCUGCAGCCAACUUGGAGAGGGCUGUGAAUAUUUGGAUUGCUGAACAGGAAGAAGAGGAACAGGAGGAGCUUAAACGUGCUCAAAAGGAAGGUCAUAAGAAAUCGCUGUCCCGGUUUUCAUUCCAUGCAAAAAGUUUACAAAACUUUGUCGAGAAGGUUACAGUAUUCCGAAAAGCUAUUGAUUACGUUGAUUCUGACAUUGUGCAAUCUCUGGACUCUAGUAACGAAGGACCCGUUAGCCAUUUCAAACUGACUUCCUUGUACAAUAAAUAUUCCGAAUAUGCGGAGUUAUUGGCGACUCAAGGUCGUUUAACGGUUGCUUUGAAAUAUUUAAGUCUGAUUCCUGUUGAAUACAAGGCUAAUAAUAAUCAACAUGACACCUUGGCUGUUAUAAGGGAACGCGUAUAUAACUCUGGCAUAGAUGUUGGUGGUCUCAAAGCGCCGACGUUUCCAUUUAAACAAGUUUACGUCGGUACAGAGGCUGAAUUCAAUCAAUCGACUGCUACGCCGGCCGACGCUAUCCAGUAUCCAGCACAAUAUAAUCCACAGCCUUAUAAUCCAAGUGGACAACCUGCCCAAAAUUAUUACAAUCAAUAUGGAUAUCAACAGCAGGCGGUUCCACCGGUGCCUCCAGUACCCACUGCCAACGCCGGAUUCCCUACCCAGGCGGCCGUUCAACCAGCCGUGCCUUUACAACAACCCUACGGAUAUAAUCAAUAUGCAGCUCCGUAUCAACAAACAUACCAGCAACAAGCCUAUACAGGAUACAAUCAAGCGUACACAGUAAAUAAUAAUCAAUUUAUCCCGCCUCCACAAGCUGCUGCUCCGACCACCGAAACUAGUGCUACACCGCCAACAGAACAAAACGAGCAGCAGCGCAAUUGGACCGCGCCGCCGCCACCACCACCACAAAAUAUACCGCCGCCACAAAAUAUACCUCCGUCAUACAUUGGACAUCAACCGCCUAAUCGAGGACAGCCUCCGCCGCCAGUUGCCGGAUAUCAGGUGAUGGGCCAAGGAGCACCGCCAAACGCAGGUACUCGUGCAUCACCACAACCACAAACUCGAAUCUAUGGGCAAGGUAGAUCGACGCCGACACCGCCUCCCCAUGCUAAUCCAGCAUAUCGACCUGGUGGAUAUGGCACACCUGCAGAGGGUGGUUAUGGUGCUGUUGCACAGACGGGCACUUAUGGUACUACAAAACCUUUGAUGGGGCAAGUUCCUCCACAAGCUCCGCCGCAAGUUCCUCAGCAAGUUCCUCAGCAAGUUCCUCCGCAAGUUCCUCAGCAAGUUCCUCCGCAAGUUGCCCUCCAAGGUCCUCCUCCACCUGCACCGACGAGAACACCGCCUGUACAAUUAGCUCGGACACCUACUCCCGUGAAAACACCUACCCCAGCCAACAAGUAUUCUCCUGGCGAUCGGACUCACAUACCCGCUGCACAUAAACCCAUAUUCACAAUCUUAAGUGGAGAGAUGCAAAGGGCUCGACAAAAUUCACCCCAACAAAAUAAGAAAAUGUUGGAUGACACUGAGAAACGUCUCAACGCUCUAUUUGAUGAACUAAAUAAUGAAACGGUAUCGGAAUCUGUGGUCGAAUCGUUAUUGCAAUUUUCACAAGCUCUACGAGUCCGCGACUACCCAGCUGCCGUUGAUAUCCAAGUGAAAUUGAUGACUACGAAAUUCUCGGAAUGCGACAAAUGGAUAGUCGGCCUCACCGCGACAGCAUCUCAACGGCAUUCAGAAGCUCAGUCCCACUAUCAUAACGUCCAUUUGCUAUACCUUGAGUACAGCCAACAACAUCCCCCAUUUACGACCUCCUUAUGCUACAAAGCGACUUUUCACGAUUCCUUCAUUGCUAAUACCUCUUCAAAUAAGGUUAUGUACGAACAACAACUAACUGCUUUUGUGGACUGGGUUAAUACCUUCAAUAAUCUUUCGAAUCCCGUAAAUAAAAUCACGGACCUGACUGAUGGCCGAGCUUUAUUUGAAGUAUUACAUGAAAUUGAGCCAUUGUGGUUCAAAAUUGACCAACGAUCCGAUGUUCGCGAUGACAAUUGGGUUGUAAAGUCCGGACGGCUUCAGAAGCUUUACAAACUUCUCAUACGACACUAUGAAGAGAAGUUGGAUCACUCAACUAAAGGGCUGGAUCGGCCCGAUUUUGAUGCGAUUGCUACAGAUAAUAAUCUUACCGAGACAAUAGCAUUGUGUUCGUUAAUUGUGACUUGGGCCGUGUGUCAUGAGAAUAAAGCGAUUUACAUUGAAAAGAUUCAAAAACUUUCACCAUCAUCCCAAGAGGGGCUGAUGGUUUUAAUCGCUGGGGUUAUGAAAAAGUUGGAAGAUUCAUCGUCAGUCGAGCCGAAUACAGUAGGCGCUUCAGAGAGCACGACACAUUCAUCCAACUAUAUCAAAGAACGUAAUAAGCUCGUGAGCGAUAAAGAGGCGCUCGAGAGAAGCCUUCAAGCGUUGAUUGCAGAACACACUCAAUUACGAGACCAAUUUGACGAUCUACAAGCCGAGAGAGAUGAGUUGAAGCAACGAAUAAAAGACAUAGAAAUAAGUCUAGCUCAGACUCAAUCUUCAUAUAGUGGAAAAGCAGAUUUUCUCAUGAGGACAGAGAUAGAAAAUCUCCGGCAAGAAAUAAAUACAAGCGAAGGACGGCGUCACGAGGCCGAAAUGUUAUUAGAAAGUCAAAAUGCCGUUAUUGCAGAGCUCACUCGCAAGGUUGAAGAAUUACAUUACAAAGAAGAGGAAGCGGCACGGUUGAAAGACCAGUUGGAUGAAAACAGGCACAGCACGGAGAGGCUAAAAAAGGCCGAGAAUGUCAUAGAAAAAUACAAGAAAAAAAUGGAAGAGGGGGCGGAUCUUCGACGAAUGUUUAAGACACUAGAGGAGGAGAACCGACAGCUUGCUGAGCAUAAUGCCACAAUCACAGAAGAGUUUGGGAAAGUGAACAAGAUUAAAGCGCAGUUGGAACCUUAUAAGAACAGAGUUGAGGAACUUGAACAAAAGAAUAAAGAGUUAAUCAGCCUUAGAAACAAAUACGAAUACGAAUAUAAAAAUAUGAAAGCGAAAAUUGAAGCAUAUGAAAUGGAGAAAUCCAGAGACAAUGAAAGAAUACAGCUUCUCGAAGACAGAUUACGAGAACUGGAAUUUGGUGUCAUGGGAGGUGAGUUAGCUAAUGCGCUAACGGGCACCACUAUGACUCAACUUAGGUUGAAAAACAAUGAACUGGAACGGGAGCUCCGCAGUUGGCGCAGUAAGGGUAAAUCUGCAGAUGAGGAUCAAGAAAUCAUUAUUUUACAACGUCAACUCGCCGAUGCGAUGCGUAGUAAGGAAAGAUCCGAAAAGGAUUAUCAAAAAGUCCAGACUGAAAAACUGGACUUGGAAAGUAAACUUGCGAGAGUUAUGUCCGGAGCUGGCAUGGACAUUAAUGACAGUAAUAAGGAAUUGAAGAAGCAACUGUUCGAAGCAGAAUAUAAAUUAAAGAAUGCUGAGAAACAGCUCGCCGAAUAUAAAGUUAAUUCUGCAACUGAUGAAAGAGUCAAAGAUAUAGAGGCCGAGAAAGAGACGUUCAAAGCUAAAUAUGAGGAAUUGGACUCGUUGCUGAAGAACUUUGGAAAUAGUACUGAAGACGAGCUAAGGGCGGAAAUAGUGAAAUGUAAACUUCAGAAUACAACAAACAUAGAAAAGAUUCAGCGACUCAGAAACGUCAUGGCUGGUCAAGACGAAGCAAUAAAGAACCACUUGGCAAUAGAGGAGUCCUUCAAAGUUGAAAAGGAAACUAGUGAGGAGAGAUUUAAACAACUUAAGCGUGACUAUGAAGAGGCCAAGGCUCAACUCACAUUAGAGAACCAACUCAUGGUAUCAGCAUGGUUUGGAAUAGGGCGACUUAUUCAACGCGAUAACGUUUCUCUCCAAAGGGGGACUGCUCCCAAAGCCUUUCUCGGCCAGCAACGACAGGCGGCUAGUGGACAAAUGAAGAGGCGGUGA